AUGGCAGGUGGCAGAAAGGACGAUCGCAUCAACUAUUCACAUUUAGAGGAAAUUUUGUUGAAUCUUGCGCUGCAACUUUAUCCCCAUCAGCAACAUAAUAGAUUUCCGUGUAAGAGCUGUUGGCUGAUCACGGAAAGGCAGAAACAGCAAGAAAUUCAUCAAAUUUUAGACAACACGAUCGAAAUCUAUCACUGGAAUCGUUUCUCUAAUCAAACGAUUACGAUCGAUCCUCACAACAUUAUCGUACCGGACGAGAUUCGUAACUUGCACGGCUUCGAGAUUGAAAUGUAUUACCUUGACUUUAUGAGCACAGUAAUGACCUUUGACAUAUACCUUUUAGAGCAGAUUUGUAGUAAGAUAAACGCCACUGCUGUUGUGACGGAUGUAUAUUCAAAUCGAAUAUCAGUUAGUGUGCUGGUAGGAAUAAAAAAUGUGAUUUUAAGAGGGCUGGUGCCGGGUCCAGGGAUCAUUUUUCUCGCAGUAAAUGUCCCUCGAGCCAAGCCCAAGUCAAUCGUAUCGAUACUGAUCGAUCCUUUCGACAUGUACACAUGGAUCACAUACUUAAUACUAGUCCUUACAAUGGCCAUUACUCUCUCCUUAUUUGGAAAGCUUCUCGGAAGACGCCGUUUCGUGGAGAUAGUUCUUGAGCUGUUCAUGAUUUCCCUCGCUGGUCCGUCAAGAGCAUAUGGAGGAUCGUUUGAGAAUCGAAUGAUCACUGUAUUCUGUCUUAUGGGAAUAGUGCUCGUAUCGUCCUACCAAUCGCUGGUCAUCUCCUUCAUGUCUUUCGCGCGCUAUCAUCCCGAGAUCAACACGCUGGCGGAGAUACAGGAUCGAUGUCUGUUUAGGGAUGAUCAGGAUGCUCAGUUCUUUAACUUUAAGACAUAUCCUAAUGGGCUUAAUGGUAAAGUAGAUCAGGAAUGCUUUUUCGAAAUGGGACGAGAUAACGAAGAACGAACUAUAACAGUUGCUUCAAAACUUAUUACAAACAAGCGCAUGUUUUUCACCGAAGAUCACAUUCGCUACAGAGUAGAAAAUUUUCGCUACGCCAAUACUAAGUUUUUCGAGUACCAACUCUGCUAUAUGAUUAAUCCACGUCUUCGUGAUAAAUUUACGUUCAAUAUUCAGGCAAUUACCGAAUCAGGUAUGUAUGAUCAUUACUACAACAACAAAUCACAACCAGCUUGGCUCUAUAAGCCAAAUACCUUUGUUGAUCGAGUCGUGAAAGUAGGAGACCUUACAUUGCUGUGGUAUGCUUACGCGUGCGGAAACUUACUGAGUGUUGUAUCUUUCGUAAUGGAAACAGUUAUUCAUAAUGAGGUUAACGGAAUAUCGAAUCCAAAAUAA